CAUAGUAAUAAUCACUCCAUACUGACGUGCAUGCUGGUAGAGUGGCAGGCAGACGGACAAAGAAAAGUGCUUCACCUCAAGAUCCAAAACCUUACAAGGUCCAUCAGAGCAACUCCUGCAGGUUUUUUGGAGGGAGCCCAACGCGUGAUGUCCUCAGCGGAUGCUCAGCCAUCGGGCGAAGCCAUGCAGCCCUCGGUGUCGCCUGGAAUCCAGAGGAGACACACACUUCCCGCCAGUGAAGUCAGACCUCUCAACACGCAGGAUGCCAUCAGUGUGUUUGAGAUUGAGCGAGAAGCGUUCAUCUCCGUGUCAGGCGAGUGUCCGCUGCACCUGGACGAGGUGCGUCACUUCCUCACUCUGUGUCCAGAAUUUUCCAUGGGCUGGUUCGAGGAGGGCCGGCUGGUGGCCUUCAUCAUCAGUUCACUGUGGGACCGCGACCGUCUCGCCACUGAGGCCUUGACGCUCCACAAGCCGCAUGGCUCCACUGCCCACAUCCACGUACUGGCGGUCCAUCGCACCUUCCGGCAGCAGGGCAAAGGUCCCAUCUUGAUGUGGCGCUACCUGCAAUACCUGCGCUGCCUCCCCAACGUGCGGCGGGCCGUGCUCAUGUGCGAGGACUCCCUGGUCCCCUUCUACCGCAAGAUGGGCUUCAAGCCGCUGGGCCGCUGCGCCAUCACCGUGGGCGCCUUGACCUUUAUGGAGAUGUGGUACCCCAUCAGCGGCCACGCCUACAUGAGGCGUAACAGCGAGGCCAUCCGCUUCCCCAAUGCUCCCUUGACUGUGCCACUUGCCCACAGCGACCAACAGAUGGACGUAUGACGUCAUCAUUUGACAUGUAGAUUGAUGUCAUCCUCAUACCCAUUUAGUUUUCUUUAAAAGUCACCAUUUGACUUUAUUUAAAAAUGUUUUUUUUUAAACUAAAAAGUAAGUAAAAUAAGUAAAAGUAGAAUAAAUAGGUCUUGCACUGAUUCUCAUGCAGGCAAACCUCAUAGGUAGUCAGUCUGUCGAAACAUACAAGUGUGAAGCUGUUUUCUGUUUUGUAAGCCAUGAUAAGCCGUAUCGUGCGUCAGUAAACAGGCUUGAGCUGCUCAAUUGCAGCUCCUUAGCACCGUCAACACGAAAGGAUUUAGCAGAGCCACCGAUUUAGUUACACUCCUGUCACUACAUGAAUAAAACAUUUCUGUUAUAGUGCUGUUUGUCUAUAUGUUACCAUCAAAAUUCAAAUAAAAUGAUUUCUACUGUA